GGCUGAGUCAAGCAAGUGUUAGUACAAUGCGUCAAAGCGACUCCUUAACGAACGAGCCAGGAGGUACUAAAAGCCGCCUAAAAAACUUUAAAAAUGCUAUGCAGAGGAAACUGCGAGGUGUAUCGCGAGAACGUAGCCGUUCAAGGAGCCCAGAGCCGCAUUCAGCAAUGAUGUCAACACAAGCAUCUGUCUUGAAAGAGUCAUCCAGCAAGGAAUUGCAAGAGAGACCGCUAACACUGGUUGAUUUUGCCGAGCUUUUUCGCUUGUUCAACACAUGCAUGCGGAAAGAACUUAAAGACCUCUUCAAUGACAUCCUGUCGUCGACGUCGUUCUCCACACAUUGCAAGAAGCGUGAGAAGGAACGAAGCAGCGGGCAAAUUCACUGCCGCCCAACUGGCUCAUCCAGUACCUGUGGUGCUGACUUUCUCUCAAAUGAUUUUCUCACCCGAAAUUCGUCAAUCACUUCGCAUCGUAUUAGCGAGAAACAGCUCAAGAUUUACAAUGCAUUGGCAAUCGCAAGUAUAAACAACAUGGGGCGUCUAAUGGACACGUCGAGGUCAUCUAUGCUUACACCAACCAUGCUGGCCGCAUUUGUGAAUACCCAUCAAAUGGAAAUGAUCGAUGAGCAAUGCGCCAGUAAACUUAUUCAGGUACAUGAACCAGAUCCACUGUGUCGACAAAAGAACCAAAUGUCGUUUGAGGGUUUUGUUCGGUUUCUCAACGAUCCAGUAAAUUUCGCAUUUGUACCUGAAAAAAUCGUACCAGAGGAGAGCGAACUGCAAUUACCACUAUCCUACUAUUUUAUCAAUUCGAGUCACAACACCUAUCUCACUGGUCAUCAAUUAAGAGGACCAAGCAGUUCCGAGAUGUACAGGCAGGUGCUUCUGAGCGGAUGUAGAUGUGUUGAAUUGGAUUGUUGGGACGGUGAUGAUGGGUAUCCACUAAUUUACCAUGGGCACACUUUAGUUAGCAAAAUUGGUUUCCGUCAGGUUAUUGAAAUUAUCAAAAAGUCUGCAUUCACCACUUCUGAUCUCCCAGUGAUUCUAUCCAUCGAAAAUCACUGUUCGCUGCAACAACAAGCGAAGAUGGCUCAAAUGUUUAAAACUGUUCUUGGUGAAAAAUUGGUGACGAGCUUCCUUUUUGAAGCUGAUUUUUCGGAUUUACCACGGCUUCCUUCACCUUGGCAAUUGAGAAAUAAAAUUCUGAUAAAGAAUAAGAAGAUGAAUGUUGACGUGCCGAAAACAAUAUCAAUAUCGGAGAAGGCCAUGCAAAGAGGUGAACCUCAGUUGAUCCUUCACCGAAAACCAAGCAAAAACAGCUAUGAAAGCAGCACGGUAGAGGACGUAGACGAUGACGACCUCGAUGAAUUUCUUGACGACGAAGAAAACGAUGACGACGAGCCUGAAAUGAAUGAAAGUCCCAAAAGUAGUAAGUGCUCUAUGAAAUCUACAAGCGCCUUCAGAAAGGACUCACUCAAUAGCGAUCACAGUAGUCCCGUCAUUAGACCACCAUUUGGACAUUUUAAAGUGCCUUCCGAUUCGAAAUUAUGUGAGGAAGACGUCCUUUAUUCAUCAUCUACGACCAAUUCUAAAUCCAGGACAACAGCAAGGAAGGCAGACACUGGACUGCAAAUCGCCCGGGAACUUUCCGAUAUCGUUAUAUACAUGCAGGCCGUAAAGUUUAAAGGAUUUCCAGCUUCGGAUGUAUUUACGUCUCCGCGAUCAACGGAAGACCCCGUAUUGAACGUAAAUCCGUCAAUGUUUCCCCGUGCGCGAACUCCUUCCAGUCUUGUAAGCAGUCCAACGCCUCCAAGACGACAACGCAGUUCACCGCAGAUCAGUCAUGAUAGCCAGCUCUCAGAUUCGAGUCAGUACACAGCUGUUCGGCCCCAGGCGUCAGCAACCUGCUACCAGGUCACCUCAUUGAAUGAAAACGCAGUAAAGAAGCUCAUUAAACAGCAUCCUUUCAAAUGCAUAGCUUAUACACGAGAUCAUAUGAUUCGUGCGUAUCCAUCGGCAAAACACUACGAUUCAUCCAAUUUUAAUCCCAUAAAUUGUUGGGCUCACGGAUUACAAAUGGUGGCAUUGAAUUUUCAAACACCCGAUGUGAUUAUGGCAGUUAAUCAGGCUAUGUUUGAGCAAAGUGGAAACGGCGGUUUCCAGCGAAAACCACGGGUUUUGUGGGACAGUACACACCCCCAACAUGGAAAGUUCAACCCAUUAUCUAAAGAUGUGGUCAACAGCUCCGCGCUUAUCCUGAACCUCACGGUAAUUUCUGGUCAACAUGUUUAUCCUGGCUGUCACUAUGCCAGUCUAUAUGUGGAGAUUGAAGUCAUUGGUAUACCAUGCGAUUGCUUUAAAGAGAAGACCAAGAUUGUACAUAGAAAUUCCGUGAAUCCCGUUUGGAAUCACUCCACUCAGCUACGGAUAGUUUUCGUUGAUCUCGCUUUCCUCCGGCUAGCAGUUUGUGACAGCAGCCAGAAUGGACGGGUGAUCGCACAUCGUGUCGUGCCGACUCGUUGCAUUAGGCCUGGAUUCCGCCAUCUGCCACUGCGGACUGCAACGAAUCAACCAAUUGAAAGCGCAACGCUUUUCUUAUGGACUCGUUUCGAACAAGAAGAGCACAUUUACCUAUAUGAUGACGAGAAGCCCUCCUAUAACUUCGAACACUCGCUUGCUUACAAAACAGACCUCGCUCCGCAAACACCACCUGCUCCAAUUUUCAAAAGACAAAUUUUUGUGUUGAAAGUGACUGGCGCUUUUGUUGACGAAACACCAAUCACCGUAUAUGGUAGAAGCGAUAGCACUGUGAAGGCUAUAAUGCAGCAGGCGCUCAUGAAUGCCGGAAAAAACGUCGACCAAGUAGACGAGUACGUUCUCAUCGAGGAGUCUAUGCCUUCAGUUGCUGGAGGAGAGGAUCCAAUUGAACAGAAGGUGCUGCCUUUGAACGAACCUAUAAUGAAUGCGGUUGCCCGUUGGAAUGGAUCGAUUCGUCGCUUUGUGUUGCGUAAGAAGGGCAGCGUGAGUGAUGAACAAGUCAUGAAAAGACGAAAAACUCCAACACAAGUCCCAGCUCUUAACAAACUCACCAAGUGUUUGUCAGACAGCGCUAAACUUGUUCGCUAA